AUGGGUGCACCCGCCAGGCCACUUCAGUCGACACCUACCCAAUUCACGAUGGAAGAUCUGCGGCUAUAUCAGCACUUUGUCUUCCAUGCCUAUCCCCCAAUGCCUCUGAAGGGAGAGGCGGUUUGGAAGGAAGUUGCUGCUAUGUCUCACAAUGUAAGUUCUACCCUAUGUUCAGAUAUCAAUGUCCUGACAAAACACCCAGUUUGA